AUGGGUCUUACUGUGAGAAACGAGGUCAAAGGAGACGGCAACUGUUUCUUUAGAGCACUAAGUAAUCAACUUAGUCGUUUCGGUGUCAACAUGUUCCACCAAAAGAUUAGAAAGACGAUAGUUCGGCACCUAAACGAAAAUCCUUUCACGGACUCAGGAGAACAUCUUUCUCAAUUUAUUCUACUCGAAUGGACAGACUACAUUAACAGUAUGAAAAUGCCGGGCACUUGGGCGGAUGAAAUUGUCAUGCGAGUUGCAGCAACAGUAUUUGACCGUCCAGUGUACAUUGUCUCUUCCCUUGAAGAUGAAAACAGCGACAAACAAAUUAACGCAAGAACUGCAGAAGGGAACCGGCGUGCACCAAUGUUGCUGGGGCAUGUGGCAGAAAACCACUAUUGGAGUCUGGAUCUCAAUACUGCAAAACAGCCAAAAACCUUUCCAGGCAACCAACGCAAAACUGUUGGCGAGUUUGACAUACCUGCUGCUGUUGCUACCAUAGUAGAUGGUGCUUUGCGUAUGGCUGAGAGCAGUUUCCAGCAUAGACUAAGUACGGUUCAAAGUUAUGAAUUAUUUUCAUCUGAUUUUCAAUCGCUGCAGUCCAAAAGAUGGUUGAACGAUAAAAUAGUAAAUGCUUUGCACAUAGUAUUCCAGCAAGAGACAAACUUGAUGGUACGCGAGAAAAUUUUGUCAAACUAUGUGCGUUUCAUUUCUUUUUUUAUAGAAUUCCAAUAG